AUGGCGACCCCAAGCUCUGCCCCAUUGCAGACUCCAGCUGAUCGCAACGUGAACAACGUCGUAUUGGGCGAUCUCUUGUUCAAGCCAUGGAACCAAUCCAUCUACCCUGAAGACCUCGUCGCCAAGGAUGCCGAUCGACUCUAUGUCUGUCACUGGUGCUUUCGAUACUCAUGUGACGUGGAUCUCUUUGAGCAACACAAACGCGCCUGCGAGCAUCGCAUAACCCCACCAGGGACGAAAGUCUACGACCAUGGCGGGUAUGCAGUGUGGGAGGUGGAUGGGCAGAACCACAAACUUUUCGGACAGAAUCUGUCCCUUUUCGCAAAACUCUUCCUCAACCACAAGACAGUCUUUUUCGAUGUCGCAACCUUCCUGUACUACAUUCUCACUUUCACCGACCCGGAAGACUCCGACAGCUACUACGUGCUCGGAUUCUUUUCAAAGGAGAAACUCUCAUGGGAUGCCAACAACCUUGCCUGCAUUCUGAUCUUCCCGCCUUACCAACACAAGCAGCUUGGGAAGUUGUUGAUGGGGGUCAGCUACAAGCUCAGCGGGUGGGACUCCAAUGGUGGGUGCAUCGGUGGACCAGAGAAGCCACUGAGUGAGCUGGGCCACAAAAGCUAUGUCCGUUUUUGGGCCGAACGAAUUGCCCGAUUCUUGCUCCGCGGCAAACCUAGCGGCAGCUCCCUUGAAACCGACCAACGGAAGCCCAGCUCAACCCCUAAAGGCUCCCGCAAGAGACCCUUGCGCGAGACCAUUACCGUUGAAGAACUCGGCCUGGGAACCGGUAUGUUGACCGAGGACGUGAUUACUGCACUCAAGAGCAUGGGGCUGUUUGAACCCCAGGCCACCCCCAAAAAACGUAAAUCUACCCGUACAGCUGCGGAGGACAAUACCACACCACCAGGUCAGAUGGUCACCAUUUGCAAAUCUGACGUGUGGGAGUGGGCUCAAGCGCACCAUCUCUCCCUGGACGACCCAGUCAGGGAAGAAGGCUUUGAGGGACUUUGGCCCCCCGAGAAUGUGUCUGAUGGGGAUGGCCAAAGCGUUACCUCGGAAGAAGACUGA